AUGCGUGCUCCGGAAACUUUUUUCCGCGCUGUCGAAGAGUCGAAAUGGAAGUGUUUUGAUUCCCAGUCGCUUGGUGGCGCCAACAUGGCGACAAAUGCAAUAAACAGGGAAGAGCGAUUAAGAAUUUUGAAGGAAUUUGACGAUUUUACUGAUGAUAUCAAUCAGAAAAUCGAUGGAAUCCUCGAGAAAUUAAACUGGGACCGAGAAACAGUAUUGAAGAAUUAUGAGAAACAAGAGAAAUGUAAACAGAAACCAAAAAAGGCGGAUGUCCAAUUUUCUGAGGAUUACCAGGAAUUCUAUAAGGGAAGAAUCCCGUCUCUGUCUAUAGACAAGGAACUCCAGGCCAAAAUCAUUGAAGAUGCAAAGAAGGCCAAUCCGGAAAUGCUUCUUAUGCUUCCUGUACAGGAUCUGAAUACUCGCAAGCUGCCAGAAAGCAAUGAAGACAUUCUCUUUGACUUCAGCAGAGAGGAAAAACUGGUUCUGUAUGAAUAUGCAGCGGAGAAGCUGAAGAAUCCGCCGGAACAGGAAAAAUCCUACCCUCUGAAGAUGCCAGAGGAAUCCUCCAGCAAAUCCAUGACUUUUGCCGACGUCGUGGACAUGGAGAGGCAGUUGAAGAGGCGUCGGAUGAAGCACAGAACUACAAAGGAGCCUCCAUUGUCAUACUCUGAAACCAUUCGGAAACUAAUCAACACACAAACGGACGCCUGGAAGAGUUUCUUGCACCAGAACGAGGACUCUCGGAAGCAUCACAAGCACAAAAGGAGCAAACAUAAGCAUCACAAGCGGAGGAGAAGUCAAAGUUAACUCCCACAAUUGUACAGUAAAGAAGGCAUGGCAUGCAGAUUGUAA